AUGGUACGUCCAUCUAAACUCCGACAUUAUAUUAUUUAUUCACAAGCCAAAGCUGCUGCUCAAAUAGCAAGAGAACAAGCUGAAAGAGAAAAUGCUCAGCUCCUUGAUGAUUAUUUAGUUGAAGUUUUGACUCUUCGUGAGGCCUUGAACCGCGUUUCUUCUUUACCAGAAGAAUUAAAUAACUGGUAUGGUAAGUAUGCUGCUAUUCGUAGUAAGUAUGAAGAAUCUCUUAGACAAAUAGAAGGUUACAAAGAACAGAACAUAGCUUUGGCGCGUCGCUUAGAAAAAGUUCAGGUCUCAUGGCGUUCUUUAGAGAAUAUACUACAAUAG